AUGUCCGAAUCACUAAAUACUUCUGCUACUACAAAUGAUGAUCAAUUCUAUUGUCAUCUUCAUCAUGGUGAAGAAGAACAUGAACAUGAUGAUGAAGGGGUGAUUAAUUUUUGUGAAAUAAUGUCAAAUACUAAAUUAUCCGAUAUUAAUGAUCAAAAUUGUAAACAAACAAUGUGUUUAUAUUAUUUUUUAAAUAAGGAUCAGGAUGUUAGUGAUGGUGAAUUUAAAAUAAUGAAAUUUAAUAAUCAAUUAAAUUUAACUAUUGAACAAAUUGUUCAUCCACAAAAUUUGGCAUCAACUGCUAUGUUUUUAAUUAAUAUAUGUGGAAUUAAUCAUUUAUAUUAUUUUAAAUAUUGUAUUGCCGAUGAUGAUGAAAAUUCUCAUAUUGAACACGAAUUUAAUUCUUCUAAUGAAGUUUUUAUUAAUGAACAUUUAAAAUUAGUACCAUUUCCAUUUAGAAAGAAUGAAUUUGUUACUAAAUUUGAUAAAAGUGGAACCUUAAUGAAAACUAAUCUAAAUUCUAUUUGGGAUAGUGAAGGUUCUAUCAUUAGUGUUAAUAAUAAUACACUUGAACAUUCUUACCUAAUGGUUAAUGAUCAAAGCAAUAUCAAAUAUAUUGAAAAUUUCAAUGAUGAAAUAAUUCAUUUUGAACGAAAUGGCCAUCGUAUAUUUUUAACUAAAAGUGGUAAAAUAUAUGGUUAUGGAGAAAACUUGUAUAAUCAGUUAAAUCUAAAUGGGGGAAAUGAUAAUUUCAUUCAAUUUAUAUCAGACAUAUCAUUUGAUUCAUUGUCAUUUAAAAAAGUUAUACCAGGCCUUUUUAAAACUCAUUUCAUUACUGAAAAUGGUAAAUUAUAUGCAUCAGGUGAAAAUUCUGAUUACAAUUUAGGAUGUUCAGAAGGAAAAACAAGACAGGAAAUUCAUAAUGAUAUUUCAAUAGAUAAUGGAAAGUUUCAAUCAAAUCCUGCACGUAAAUGUGACAUAAUAGAUGAAAAAUAUGAAAUUGAACAUGUUUACCAAAUUGGAAUAAACGGGCUAAGCAUUUUCUUAACUAGGGAAAAGAAAUUAUUAGCAUGUGGAAAAUAUUUUGAUGAAAAUGGUAAUCAAGUUAUUUCAAUUGGUGAUAUCUAUCCACUAGAUGGUGAAAUCGAUCAAUUAUUCAUCUGUGCAAACAAGUAUUUACUUGUGAUUACUAAAAAUGGAAAGGUUCAUGUAAUUGGUAAAAGAAAUAUCGAUCCAAAGAAUUAUAACAAAAAAUCAACUCGUAUUUUAGAAGAUAGAUUUAUUGAAAGGGUCAAAACUCAAAUUGAAACUUUAAUUUCAUUGGACGAAAGAAUUUUUGGAAAAUUAGAAAUUUAUCCAAAUCCAUUUGAUAUGGGUUGUGUUUUGAAAUUGGAAAUGUCCUUGGAUUUGAUAAUAUUUUUCAAGUCGUUGAGAAGUCAAUCCCUCCAAAGCAAGACAGGCUUUUCAGAUUUAACUUUCAACUUUUGUUAA